AUCUUACAAUCAUUGAAGCUUCGGGUAUUAUAAGAUCUCAAAGUUUAAAUUCUCCUCUCAAUGUUAUCUUAAUCGGGUUUUAUCCUAACAAUGCAAUUCAAGAAUUAAGUUUACCCGAAUUUGCAAAUGAGGAUGUAGUACUUGCAACAGGAAAUUUUCGUAUCAUUGAAAACAUAGAUAAUAAUAAAAAAUAUCCAAUCUUAAAA